CGCAGGAAGCGGACUCGUCUCUCGGUUACACGCUCACCGGUGCUUCCUGUUGGGGCGGUGUCGCAGCUUGAGGUCAUGUUUAAGAAUGUUUUGAGCAGAUUUUUGAGUGAAACGCUCCUUUUUCAGCGUAAUGUGAAGCACACGCCGUCACUGCGGAGGGUAGGAGCCGUCUCUGCGCCGCUGAGGAGCUUCACGGACGCGAAGGACGGAGAGCAGCCGCCGUUUGACGCCGCUUUGCUGGAGGUGCUCGUCUGCCCGCUGUCCAAGAAACCGCUCAGAUACGAGGCUAAGACCAAUGAGCUGAUCAACGAGGAGCUCGGCAUCGCCUAUCCCAUCAUUGACGGCAUUCCCAACAUGAUCCCUCAGGAGGCCAGACUCAUAAAGAGAGAGGCUUCAGACACGCCUGCGCAGUAACAGAGACUGCUUCACUUUGAGUUGACCUGAGCACAGA